AUGCCUGCGACUUGGGUGUCGUGGAGAAUUACUGGUAGAAAGAAAUAUAGGCCAAAAGUUGUGGAUACCAGUGAAAAAAUGAAGAGGAAGAAAAGCUGUAAUGAUCCUCCCUCCUCCUCCUCCUCGAAGAAGAAAUGUAAUCAUCCUUCCUCCAUGGAUCCAACUGUUGAUCCCACCUCCUUCAAUCCAGUUGAUCCCACUGUUAAUCAUCCACCAAGUUCAUCCAACCCUAAUCCAAGUUUAUCCAACCCCAUAUGCAAUGAGGAAAUAUCUUUCUUCAACAAAGAUUGCAAACAGUGGUAUGAGAACUACAUUAAUUAUAGGCCUUUGUUAUUGGAGAGGGGUGUUUUACUAGAUCAAUUAAAAGAGGUAGGAUGUGAUGUUAUUUUUUCUCUUCAUCAAUGGAAUUCUGCGGUAGAUAUCAAGAAGAUGGAUAAAACAUAUAAUACAUUGGUGAAGAUAUUUUAUUCUAAUAUGCAUGAUAUUGAUAGUGAUGAUUACAAGUUGAAGUCCCUUGUGAGGAACAUAAGUUUUGAAGUAACUCCAGAGUUAGUUUCAAAAAUAUGUGGAGUUUGCCGACCCUUCAUUUCUAAUAAUACCCUUACCUAUCCAUUCAAGAAUUUUAAGGACAUAUCUAAGCUGAAAGAUGUUAAUGCAGAAAUUGAGGGUAUACCUAAUAAAUUUAGUGAGAGUGUUGACGAUCCAAAAUUUUUUCAGCAAGACCUUACUCCCAAAUAUAGGAUGUUAAAUCUUAUAGUGGGGUACAAUAUUAUACCAAAAGGACAUACUGCUAAGUUUGGACUUCAUCGAGCUCAUCUCUUGUAUGUCAUUGGAAAGGGUAUAUGUAUAGAUUUACCUUGCUUAAUAGUUGAUGAAAUUAUUUCGGAACAAGGUAUAAAGGACAGGCGAUGA